AUGAGCGGGAGCGGCGCGGUGCCCGGCCCGGGCUCGGGCUCCUCCCCGGCCGCCUGCCGCUUCGCGCACUACUUCGUGCUGUGCGGGAUCGACGCGGACAGCGGGCUGGAGCCCGACGAGCUGGCGGUUUUGUACCAAUGGCUAGAAGCAGAUCGUCAUGGCAAGAGCCAAGAUGCUGCAAAUACGACUUCAGGUGAAAAUUUUGACCAGAGUCCUUUGAGAAGAACAUUCAAAUCCAAAGUUCUUGCCCAUUAUCCUCAGAAUAUAGAAUGGAACCCUUUUGAUCAAGAUGCAGUGAAUAUGUUGUGCAUGCCUAAAGGGCUAUCUUUCAGAACACAAACUGACAGUAAAGACCCUCAGUUCCACUCAUUUAUAAUUACCAGAGAAGAUGGUUCUCGUACCUACGGUUUUGUUCUCACUUUUUAUGAAGAAGUUACAAGCAAGCAAAUCUGCACAGCAAUGCAGACUCUCUAUCAGAUGCACAAUGCUGAGCAUUAUAGCAGUGUGUAUGCUUCAUCCUCCUGCAGCAUGGACUCACUGGCAAGCAGUAUUGAUGAGGGAGAUACAACUUCCCUUUUGAAACUCCAGCGAUACAACUCCUAUGAUAUCAGCAGAGACACCUUGUACGUUUCCAAAAGUAUAUGCUUGAUCACACCGCUACCUUUCAUGCAGGCCUGCAAGAAAUUCCUCAUCCAGCUUUACAAGGCAGUUACCUCACAGCAGCCUCCACCCUUGCCACUUGAGAGCUAUAUCCAUAAUAUACUUUAUGAGGUACCCCUUCCACCUCCAGGGAGAUCACUGAAAUUUUAUGGUGUUUAUGAACCUGUCAUCUGCCAGAGGCCUGGGCCCAAUGAACUCCCCCUUUCUGAUUAUCCCCUUCGAGAGGCAUUCGAGCUCCUGGGAUUAGAGAACCUGGUACAGGUGUUUACCUGUGUUCUUUUGGAGAUGCAGAUCCUUCUCUACUCACAAGAUUAUCAACGCCUGAUGACUGUGGCAGAAGGCAUCACCACACUUUUGUUCCCAUUUCAAUGGCAGCAUGUUUAUGUACCCAUCCUCCCUGCUUCUCUGCUACAUUUUCUUGAUGCUCCUGUCCCUUAUCUGAUGGGCCUUCAGUCAAAAGAAGGAACCGACCGUUCUAAACUAGAACUUCCACAAGAGGCUUCCUUUCUGUCUGACCAGCCUGAGCCUUACCUGCCAUUUCUUUCACGCUUCAUUGAAACACAGAUGUUUGCCACCUUUAUUGAUAAUAAAAUUAUGUCUCAGUGGGAAGAGAAAGAUCCUUUGCUUCGGGUCUUUGACUCUCGGAUUGAUAAGAUAAGGCUGUAUAAUGUAAGGGCACCCACCUUGCGGACAUCUAUAUAUCAGAAAUGUAGCACAUUAAAAGAAGCAGCCCAAUCAAUUGAACAGAGACUAAUGAAAAUGGAUCACACUGCAAUACACCCACAUCUACUUGAUAUGAAAAUUGGUCAAGGCAAAUAUGAGCAAGGGUUCUUUCCCAAGUUACAGUCCGACGUCUUGGCAACAGGACCAGCCAAUAACAAUCGCUGGGUAAGUCGGAGUGCCACCGCGCAGCGCAGGAAAGAACGCCUUCGCCAGCAUUCCGAGCACGUGGGGCUGGACAACGACUUGAGGGAGAAAUAUAUGCAAGAGGCACGAAGUUUAGGAAAAAACCUGAGGCAACCCAAAUUGUCAGACCUGUCUCCUGCAGUGAUUGCACAGACCAACUGGAAAUUUGUAGAAGGCUUAUUAAAAGAAUGUAGAAUGAAGACAAAACGCAUGCUGGUGGAAAAGAUGGGACACGAAGCAGUGGAACUGGGCCAUGGAGAAGCAAACAUCACUGGCUUGGAGGAGAACACCUUGAUCGCCAGCCUCUGUGACCUACUAGAGAGGAUAUGGAGUCAUGGCUUGCAGGUCAAGCAGGGAAAGUCAGCUUUGUGGUCACACCUAAUUCAAUUUCAGGACAGAGAAGAGAAGCAAGAGCACCUUGCAGAAUCACCAGUUGCCCUUGGACCAGAAAGAAGAAAAUCUGACUCAGGAGUUAUAUUACCAACACUCAGGGUCUCUCUUAUUCAAGACAUGAGGCAUAUUCAAAACAUGAGUGAGAUCAAGACUGAUGUUGGAAGAGCUCGGGCAUGGAUAAGAUUGUCUCUAGAAAAGAAGCUCUUGUCCCAGCAUCUCAAACAGUUGCUCUCUAACCAACCACUCACCAAGAAGCUUUAUAAGCGUUAUGCUUUUCUACGUUGUGAAGAAGAAAGAGAGCAAUUUCUUUACCAUCUUCUUUCCCUCAAUGCUGUGGACUAUUUCUGCUUUACCAGUGUGUUCACCACUAUCAUGAUUCCAUAUAGAUCAGUGAUUAUCCCAAUCAAAAAACUGAGCAAUGCAAUCAUCACAUCAAACCCUUGGAUCUGUGUAUCAGGAGAGCUAGGAGACACGGGAGUAAUGCAGAUUCCCAAAAACCUUCUCGAAAUGACUUUUGAGUGCCAGAACUUGGGAAAGCUGACCACUGUUCAGAUUGGUCACGAUAACUCAGGACUGUUAGCCAAAUGGCUAGUGGAUUGUGUCAUGGUCAGAAAUGAAAUCACAGGACAUACAUACAGAUUCCCAUGUGGGAGAUGGCUGGGGAAAGGCAUUGAUGACGGUAGCCUGGAGAGAAUUCUGAUUGGAGAACUGAUGACGACAGCAUCGGAUGAGGACCUGGUAAAGCAGUGUAGGACUCCACCGCAGCAGAAAUCACCCACUGUGGCCAGGAGAUUGAGCAUCACAUCACUGACAGGAAAAACGACUAAACCCAACGCUGGGCAGAUCCAGGAAGGAAUUGGAGAAGCUGUGAACAAUAUUGUGAAACAUUUUCACAAACCUGAAAAAGAGAGAGGGAGCCUCACAGUGCUGCUCUGUGGAGAAAAUGGCCUGGUUGCAGCACUUGAGCAAGUUUUCCAUCAUGGAUUCAGAUCCGCCCGCAUCUUUCACAAGAAUGUCUUCAUCUGGGACUUCAUAGAGAGAGCAGUUGCUUAUUUUGAAACAACUGACCAGAUUCUAGACAAUGAAGAUGAUGUCCUUAUUCAGAAAUCAUCCUGCAAAACCUUCUGCCACUAUGUAAAUGCUAUUAAUACUGCACCCAGGAAUAUUGGGAAGGAUGGCAAAUUCCAGAUUUUAGUUUGCCUCGGAACACGGGACCGCCUGCUCCCACAGUGGAUCCCGUUGCUAGCCGAGUGUCCUGCCAUUACUCGAAUGUAUGAGGAGAGCGCCCUCCUGCGAGACCGCAUGACCGUCAACUCCCUCAUCCGGAUUCUGCAGACCAUUCAGGAUUUCACCAUAGUCUUAGAAGGAUCACUCAUCAAAGGAGUGGAUGUGUAACCCAACUGGCUAGAAACUCUCAGUCCAAACCUUGCUCCUGAUCCUUCCCCAACUAUGGAACCGAUUUGGGCUUGUCUGACAGUAGAGAAUCACUAUGGGGGGGCAGCCCACUUUAUGCCCCAAUUUGAAGAAUCCUCACUCUACAGACAAGGCAAAAUGUUGUAUUGUAGUUCAUUUGAACCAGAAUUUAGUAUAAAAUAGAGUAUUUUCAUGUGUUAGAUGUCUGUAAAUAUGCUAUCUUCUUUAAGAAAUUAUAUUACUCUAAUAAGAUGCUUUUCUUAGAUUGAAUAUUCCUGUGACUUAAAAUAAGUAGCUUAAAAAUGUUGGGGUUGUGGGGGAAGAGUGGUGCUAGUCAGGAAGAAGCCAGUAAACAUGUAAAUACAGUACAACCCAGUCGGGCCAUUUUUUUCCCUCCAGGUGUCACAAGGGAACCCAGAAUGCAUUGUUAUGUGUAGCCAUCCAUCCUGGUGUCUGAUCCUUUGUAUCAUGAAUGUAUACAGUUUUACCUACUGUAUGGAUAGUCCUCACUAGUAUCUUUUAAGUUACAAGCUGUUUUAUACAUUUGAAUUGUGAGUCACUUUUCCAGUCUUUUGGAAAAAUUUUUCAGUCGGCACAAGAUGAAGAUAUAAUUCAAGUAUUUUAAAUACUAGACCCCAGGAGCUUGGCUGAACUAGAAAGAGAACACAGAAAGCCCUGAGAAGUGUGUUAAAUUGUGGGAUUAUAACUUCUUUACACUUUGGAAAGAUUAGCCUAGACUAACUUCAUUCUUGGCAUUUUUAUUUUUGUUAUUUGAGGUACUUCGGGGAAAUGUGAAUGUCAAAGUGUUAGACUCAUAGUCAUAAGAACUGCAAACAAUAAUUUGAUUCCGUAUUUUUAAUUUGGCCAUCUAAACUCUGCAGUGGCCUCUACCUCUUCAUGAUAACCAGGAGGCCUGUCUUUGUGAGGUUCCAGUCCCCCCAUCCAUGCCCAUCCCCCCUCAAGAAAUGGAAGGAAUGUCUGAGGAGCAGGAGGGCUCUGGGUGGCUUGGAAUGUUUUUGUGAAAGUAUUUGUUGACCAUGAUAAUGCAAAUAACAGAAGGAAAGAGAAAGAAUGAACCCUUUCUGGGCGUUUCAGAGCAAGCUUUAUGUUCCUUUGUAAGAAGGGGUAAUAAUGUAAAACAAAUGACCCAGAGAAGUUAAAAGCCCUC